GUAAAACUCAGAUGUUAAUUUUAAAACUUGUUUUCCAGCAUCUUGCCCUAAUGGUUACACAACUUGGAACGGAAUCUGCUACAAGGCCUUCAACGUAGAGAAGACCUUCAGCGAUGCGACCGCGGCCUGUCGUGAAGACGGAGGCACCCUGGCCAUGCCCCGAAACGCCGUGACCAACGACUUCUUGAUCUUCUUGUACAAGUCCAUGUCCGUGAUUGACCAUAAUGGCUUCUGGUUAGGCCUGCACGAUCGGCGCGAAGAGGGAAGCUUCGAAUGGGUGGAUGGUUCUCCACUUGGGAAGUACAGCUCCUGGGGUCCGGGACAACCAAAUAACGGUCUGGGACAACCAAAUAACUAUGAGGGCAACGAGGAUUGCGUUCUAUACUCCGCAUCGCUAUACGACAAGGACAAAUGGGCCGACAGGUCAUGCGACCGGCCGUUUCGCUUCAUAUGCCAGGCUGUUUUAGGUCGUCCCUAGGCGACAGACGGAACUACUAGUAUCUGCACCACUGGAAAGCAGAUCUCCAGACAUCCACAGUAAAACUACUAGCCAGUUAAACGAUAAAUAUGAAAAUGCACCAAUGGACCCAUACAGCACAUUGUUUACAAGUUUGUUUAGUGGUAGACUAACGCACGAGAAAGAGUGAAUACGCACCAAAGCAAUGAUACAGUUCUGUAGAAUGGUAAACACGUUCGCUAUUUGAAAAUGACACUACUGUAGUAGCUCCUACUGUAUAUGUAGAUGUAUACGUAAAAUCAGUGUGGUAGCCUGUGUAAAGUACCUAAUGCUAUGUAGAUAUAGGUGUGUUUUUUCAGUACCUAGACAUACUCUUUGGUACGGUAUAAUGUAGCAGUACAUUUGUUCCGUUUUGUCAUGUCUGUGUUGUUCACAGCACUAAUACUG